AAUGAAAAAGUUGACUUAUUCUUUAAAUUCAGGCAUUAGACAUGAAGAUGAAACUGAGACAGACAGAAUGAGCUCAUGAUAGCAAAGGAGAAGAUGAAAUGAGAGAGCAAAGAGUAAUAGUUAUAUACUCUUUGUGAGAGAGUCACAAUUUGAAGGGGAAAAGACGAAGAUAAACCUGGCUUCAAUCUUCAUUGGCAAUCCAAUGAAAGUUGCAUUUCACUUUUAUCUUUCAGUCUCUUAACCUCUGACAAAUCUUUGAGAUAAGCUUCAACUUAAAGGUUUUGUUAUUUUCACUUCUCAUGUUAUAUUUUUACAUUGAAUUAGUCAAAGUUUAUGUUUCUUUGCUUUCUUUUUUCAACUUGCAAUCAACUCAACAAUUAAGACGAACCUGAUAAGCAUCGUUUUUUUGCCAUCACAACAGCUUUCUCUAUGUUAAUAAAGCAUGUAGUCAUAUUUCAAAGCAACUUUACAUUGUGUCUUUAAAUAAUCAUGGUUGGAUUUACAAUAUUAAACAUUUAUUGGAUUAUUUUUGUGUUAACAUUUCAUGGACAGUUAAUUACAUCAACUCAAGUCAACAAAUAUUUGCUUUCUUUAAAUCAAUCAAACAACUCAUUCAAUGUUGGUCUUCUUAUGGUGAAAAGAUAUCGUAAAGACGCUGUGAGAUUUGACCUUGUUCACAUUGGUCCAGCUAUUGACAUUGCCAGGGAAAAGUGUCUAAACUAUUAUGACAUUAAUUUGAACAUAAAUCAAGGCUAUUAUGAAGAUACGUGCAAAGAGCGAGAAGCAAUUGGCCAAGCUUACGAUUUACUUGAAAAAUACAAGGGAAACUUGGUUGGUUUUAUUGGACCUGCUUGCAGUAAUGAUCUUCAGGCUGUAUCCCAACUCGCUGCUUAUAAAAAGAUACCAAUAUUAACUGGAUUGGGUGAUAUAAUUCCGAUCCAUCGAUCCGAUUUGACCUCACUUAUACGACUUUCUUAUGAUAUGAGGGACAAAGCUCGAGCUAUCCUGGCUUUCCUUGACUAUUUCAAGUGGAAAAUCUUUGGUUUGGUCUUUAGGUUUGGAGACGUUUAUUACAACACGUUAGCCGAUGUCCUUCUGAAGCUUCUCAAAUUGCCCAAAUAUUCACAUUUCAAGUGCAACUGUCGUGAAACUUAUUUUCGGGAUUUCGAUAAAGUUAUUAUUACUGAUAUCGACAAAGUCCUACAACGAAUGACAACCUGUUCACGAAUUAUCAUUAUACUUGGAGGUGAUAAAGAUGUACGGACAAUCUUAUUGAAAGCUCAUCAUCAAGGAAUGACUCAGGGUGAAUAUGUGUUCAUUUAUCCUGAACUGAUUGAAGCUGAAGCUCUUGGAAACAUGAGUUGGUCUCGUGGAGUUGAAGACGAGUCCGUUGCGAAUCAAUUAAAGACAGCCUAUCAAUCACUUUUAAUUGUAAGCCUGAAUCAACCUCCUGGAGAUCAUUAUAAAAACUUUUCAGACGAAGUUAAACUUCGAGCAUAUCGUGAUUAUGGUUAUCAAUACAAUGAACAAUUCGUCAACUAUUUCACAGCCAGUUUCCAUGAUGCUGUACUUCUCCUUUGUCGAGCCAUUCGUGAAACUUUAAAUGAUGAUCAUGAUCCUCAUGAUGGAGUUUUACUUGUUCAAAGGAUGCGCAAUUUAACCCUUAAUGGUAUCUCUGGAGAUAUAACUAUUGAUGAAGAAGGAGAUCGAAUUGCUGAUUAUGCUCUACUAGAUCAGACAAAUAUUGAUGAUGGAUUAUUUGAGGUUGUCUUACGUUAUUAUGGUGCAACAAAAAGUUUCACCAAAGAAAAAGAAAUUAAAUGGCCACCAGGAAAAUUUGGAGUUAAACCAAAAGAUAUUCCAGAAUGUGGUUUCAAAGGAAAUGCAUGUGAUAAAGAUGUACCUUACUGGAACAUAUUGUUGGCUACUUUAUUGAUAAUCAUUGCACUAAUAUUGGUGGCAUCAACAUUCAUUUAUCACAAAGUGAAAUUGGAAGCUGCUCUUGCUAACAUGUCUUGGAAAGUUCGUUGGGAAGAUAUUAUUCUGGACCAUGGACCUCGACAAUCAUUUAUGAGUAAAAUUACAACGUCAAGUCAGGGCGAAUUAAAUGAAAUUCAUCAUAAUGAAGGAAAGAUCAUAUGUGCCCAUUACAAGGGUAAUCGGGUAGCAAUUAAGAAAUUGCCAUCGCAUAAAAUCGAGGUAACCAGAGAAAUUCUGAUGGAAUUGAAAAUUAUGAGAGAAACUUCCCACGAGAAUCUGGCUCGCUUCAUCGGAGCUUGUAUUGAUGUUCCUAAUGUAAUCCUGACAGAAUAUUGUCCGAAAGGAUCACUGCGUGAUUUAUUGAUGAACUUUUCUCUCAAUUUGGAUUGGAUGUUCCGAUUUUCAUUGAUCAAUGAUAUUAUUGCAGGCAUGUGUUACCUUCAUAGUAGCGAACACAUCUUCCAUGGACGACUUAAAUCCACAAAUUGCUUGGUUGAUUCUCGUUUCUGCAUUAAACUAUCUGACUUUGGACUAGAAAAGCUAAGAUCAGCAGCAUCGAUUACAGCUAACAAUUCAUCAGGAGACAAUAAUCAUCAACAGCAAAAUAAAAGCUCGUCCAAAGCUUUAAUUUCAACCAAUGAACCUCAUUUGACUAUUUCAGUGCAAACUAAUGAUGUAGUCUCCAAUGGUCAAACUGAUCCUUAUUCAAUUUUAUACAUUUCACCUGAUAUGCUUAACAAUGAUCUCUCCAAAUCUAAUUAUGUUAGUGGUGCAAUUGAAAUUGAGAAAAAUAAAUGCCGAUGUACAGAAGUUUCCAAGUACAAACUAAGACGUUGUUACGACUGUGUAUAUCGAGGUCAAAAAGCUGAUGUUUAUAGCUAUUCGGUAAUUUUGCAAGAAAUUAUCACCCGUUCUUUUCCUUUUCAUCCAUAUGUACUUUGUAUGGACAUUAAGACGAUUGUGAAUAAUAUUGUUCGCCAUGAUCUAAGGCCUGAUGUACCUCUUGAUCUGUGUGAAAACAAGGAACUUUAUCAUCAUAUGGUUCGAUGUUGGUCCCGGGAACCUCACUCAAGGCCUGAUUUUAAUCACAUUAAACGAGAAAUAAGAUUAAUUGCACGAUCUUCUGGACAAAAUGAAGAUUCACCAGAAAAUACCACUUUAACCGAAAAGUUGUUACAAAGAAUGGAACAAUAUGCGACUGAGCUUGAAUCAAUAGUUGAACAAAGAACUAGUGAAUUGGCUGAAGAGAAAAAGAAAACUGAAGAACUUUUAUACCAAAUACUACCAAGGGUUGUUGCUAAUCAAUUGAAAAUCGGUGAAAGUGUUAUUCCUGAUUAUUAUGACUCUGUUACAGUUUACUUCAGUGAUAUUGUCGGGUUCACUGAAAUGUGCUCAGAAAGCACACCAAUUGAAGUUGUUAAUUUUCUCAACGACUUAUAUACUUGUUUUGAUUCCAUUAUAUCAGAUUAUGAUGUCUACAAGGUUGAGACUAUUGGAGAUGCAUAUAUGGUUGUUUCCGGUCUUCCGGAAAGAAAUGGACACGAGCAUGUUAGACAAAUUGCUCGAAUGUCUCUCAGAAUGGUUGAAUCAGUUGAUGGAUUCGUCAUAAGGCAUAGAAAGGAAGAUAAAUUAAAACUUCGCAUUGGAAUCCAUUCUGGUCCAUGCUGUGCUGGCGUUGUUGGUAAUAAAAGACCCAGAUAUUGUCUUUUUGGUGAUACAAUUAACACGGCUUCUCGUAUGGAAUCAACUGGAGAAGCUUUAAAAAUUCAUAUCAGUUCAGCAACUAAAAAGCUUUUGGACCACUUCAAACAGUUUGAAAUAAAAGAAAGAGGCGAUGUUAUCAUAAAGGGUAAAGGUAUAAUGAAAUAUUUGGAAUUAGCAUGCAAAUUCACAUCGGAAAAAAUAUCUUUACUUAAUCGAUCUAUUCGUGAAAUCACCACAAAUCACCACGAUAUUUGA